GUGGCUGAGAGGAGGAGAGAGAGACAGAGAGAGAGCGGGCAGAGUAUAUGGGGAGUGGAGCUACUCUGGUGGAGGGUGUCCGUCGCUGGUUUCAACGUCGCUCGUCUUCUUCUUCUUCCACUUCCACUUCCGCAACUAUUAUUAAUACUUCUAAUCCAAAUAAUAAUCAUAACUACACCGACAACAAUAAAAUUAAUAAACUGGGCAAUGAUCACAAUGGUGCCCACGUCUCCGAUUUAAGCGCCCAACCGUCCGAUUCUCAUCAGCCGGAACAAAAACGAGGCCGGGAGAACCAGCACCAUCUGCAGUUUGAGGUUGAGGACGACUUUGACAUUUCAGGAUUGAAGGUCAUCAGAGUUCCUACAAGGGCCGACUUCAGAGCUGCUCACCCCAUGGAUUCACAGAAGAAGGGCAAUCUAGAAACAGAAUUCUUCACCGAGUAUGGAGAGGGAAGUCGAUACCAGGUUCAGGAAGUCAUUGGGAAAGGAAGUUAUGGCGUCGUGGGUUCUGCAAUUGACACGCACACUGGAGAAAAGGUUGCAAUCAAGAAAAUUAAUGAUGUUUUCGAGCAUGUUUCGGAUGCUACAAGGAUCCUGAGAGAAAUUAAGCUCCUUCGCUUGCUUCGUCAUCCUGAUAUUGUUGAAAUAAAGCACAUUAUGCUUCCUCCUUCACGACGAGAGUUCAGAGAUAUUUAUGUUGUUUUUGAGUUGAUGGAAUCUGACCUUCACCAAGUUAUUAAGGCAAAUGAUGAUCUUACUCCUGAACAUUAUCAAUUUUUCUUGUACCAGCUUCUCCGUGGCCUAAAGUAUACUCAUACAGCAAAUGUAUUUCAUCGAGAUUUAAAGCCAAAAAACAUUCUUGCUAAUGCUGACUGCAAAUUAAAGAUAUGUGACUUUGGCCUUGCUCGUGUAUCUUUCAAUGAUGCCCCGUCUGCUAUUUUUUGGACAGAUUAUGUUGCAACUCGAUGGUACCGUGCUCCUGAGCUGUGCGGUUCAUUUUUCUCAAAGUACACUCCUGCAAUUGAUAUUUGGAGCAUAGGAUGCAUAUUUGCGGAAAUACUCACUGGCAAACCGCUGUUUCCUGGUAAAAAUGUGGUGCACCAAUUGGAUCUCAUGACCGAUUUGCUUGGCACGCCUUCUGCAGAAUCUAUUGCAAGGAUUCGGAAUGAAAAGGCAAGAAGGUACCUGAGUAGCAUGCGGAAAAAACAACCAGUUCCUUUCACACAUAAGUUCCCUGGUGUUGAUCCCUUGGCUCUUCGCUUACUGGAGCAGCUCCUUGCCUUUGAUCCAAAGGAUCGUCUGACAGCUGAAGAGGCAUUAGCUGAUCCUUACUUUCAUGGUUUGGCAAAUGUUGACCGUGAGCCGUCCACCCAACCCAUUUCAAAACUUGAGUUUGAGUUUGAACGAAGGAAGUUGACAAAAGAUGAUGUUAGAGAGUUAAUCUAUAGGGAGAUUUUGGAGUAUCAUCCACAGAUGCUGCAGGAGUAUCUCCGAGGUGGAGAUCAGACCAGCUUUAUGUAUCCUAGUGGGGUUGAUCGAUUUAAGCGGCAGUUUGCACAUUUCGAGGAGAACUAUGGUAAAGGUGAAAGGGGUACCCCUCCACUGCAAAGGCAACAUGCUUCCUUGCCCAGAGAGCGGGUUUGUGGACCCAAGGUUGAGAAUGCUGGCCACGACAAUGAUUUGGAAAGGACUGCUGCUUCUGUUGCCUCAACUCUUGAGAGUCCUCCAGGGCCGGAGCAACCUGAUGGCACCGUAAAUGCUGAUGGACAGAAUGGACCUAGCAAGACAGUCUACACACCAGUAACCAGUCGUAGCCUAUUGAAGAGUGCUAGCAUUAGUGCUUCCAAGUGUAUAGGUGUAAAACCGAAAGAAGAUUCAGAGGAGGGAGCAAUUGCGGAGAUCAACGACGAGUCAGUUGAUGGUUUGACCCAAAAGGUUCAAGCUCUUCGCGCCUGAGCUUCUUCAUCGAUCUGUGUUAGAAAAAAAAAAAAACAGGUGCAACCUUGUGGUCCGCCUCCUUUCCCCGUAUUUAGUAGAAAGGGUGCUCUGUAACAAUCAACAUUCGAAACCGAAUACAUAUAUGUUAUUUUCAGUUAGAAGCUAACACCAUUUAGGAGGACUCGUCGAUUUAUUUUUCCUUCGUUGUGUAAGCACAACACAUAGGAAAUUGCUCUGCUGUAAGUCCGGGGCGGUUCUGAGAGUCUAGGGGCCUGUGCGGAAUUUAAAAUGAGGCCGUUUCACGGACAAGACUUUUUUUUAUAUUAUUAUUAUUACUUAUUUUAUUUUAUGUAUUUUUCCCGUUGUUUAAUGAUUGUGUGAUAUGUAAUAGAAACAAAAUUGAUGGAAAUAUAGCGUAUGUUAUUAUUA